CUCAGCCGCGGCGGGCGGGCUCCGCCCCGGGCGGCACCGCGGGUACCUGCGCGGCGCGGGGCGGCCGCAGGGCAGAGCGCGCCGGCGGUGGUGGCGGCCGAGCGAUCUUCGCAGCCUUCUCCUGUCUGCGGCGGGGGCGGCCGGGCCAUGGUGCGUCGAGCCCGGCUGGCGCUGGUGGCGGCGGCGCUGGUGGCGCUCGGGGCGCCGCCGCCGCCGUGCGCGGGCGCCCGGGCUCUGGAGUGGUACACGGCGUGGGUGAGCACGGCCUACGUGGAGCCGCUCAGCAACCGCACGGUGAGCGGCAACACGGAGAGCGGCCGCUACGGGGACAGCUCGCCCAAGGAGAGCGCUGAGGGCCAUGUGGGCAUUCCCCGCGGCGCCUCGCCCCGCCACAUGGAGGGCUGCGCCGCCGACACCGACUACGACGUGCCGCUGCCUCCCGGUGGCCGCGGGUCCCCCGAGGGCGACCCACCGACCUGGAUCGCCCUGGUGGCCCGCGGCGGCUGCACCUUCAAGGACAAGGUCACCAACGCGGCGCGGAAGCGGGCUGCCGCUGUGGUCAUCUACAACGAGGCCCGCUUCGGCAACAGCACCGUCUCCAUGUCCCACGUGGGAACAGGAAAUACAGUGGUGAUAAUGGUUGGCUACCCAAAAGGAAUAGAGAUACUGGAGCCAGUACGAAGAGGGAUUCCAGUAACAAUGAGUAUUGUUGUUGGCACACGACAUGUACAAGAAUACAUUAGUGGUCAAUCAGUUGUGUUUGUAGCCAUCGCCUUCAUCACCAUGAUGAUUAUAUCACUUGCUUGGCUCAUAUUUUACUAUAUACAGCGUUUCCUGUAUACGGGAUCACAGUUUGGAACCCAGGGACAUAGGAAAGAAACCAAGAGAGCUAUCAGCCAGCUUCAGCUGCAUACAGUGAAACGUGGAGAAAAGGGUUUAGAUGUUGAUGUAGAAAACUGUGCUGUGUGCAUUGAGAACUACAAACUGAAGGACACUGUCCGAAUUCUGCCAUGCAAGCACAUCUUCCAUAGAACAUGCAUUGAUCCUUGGCUUUUGGACCACCGAACUUGUCCAAUGUGUAAACUAGAUGUUAUCAAAGCUCUGGGAUACUGGCACCAGAAAAGAGAGAUGAAGACACAUGCGGGGGACCCUGAAGAUGUACUUGAAGUUCCAAUACCCGAAUCCAUAAGUGGCAGUGUUUCAGUUGGAAGUCUAAGUAUUGCUUUGCAAGAUGAUGACAGAAAUGAAGUAAGCGAAUUGUCGGCUUCCUCCACUAAUGAAUCUGUAUUGCAGUGUACCAGCUUAAAAGAGGAUGCUGGGGAAACCACAGCAUUGCUUGAUGUGGAUGCUAGUAAUAACCGGCAUGGAGAACAUCUAUCUAAUGGAAAUUCCCACUGAACUGCUUCAUGGACGAUGUCUUGAAUAGACUGUUGAAGAACUAUUAUUUUUUAUUUAAUUAGUAUGGACUUUUGUCUAGUGAACAGAAAAAAAUAACAAUGUAAAUUAUUUUACCUUUCAAACUUUUCUAGCUGGUGUUCCAAAAGGGCUAAUAACUAAGAAUUUUGUACACAGGAGGAUUUUAUAAAAUUUCCUCUGGAUGUCUCAUCCUAAAAAAAAUGCAAUAACCCUUUUUCUGUAAGCAUUGUUGCAAUGUCAUUGUGUUCCAGAGGGCUGUAACAAAGAUGAAGACUAGGCAGUGAAAAUAAUUUAGAAUGGGUAACGGUUAAAUAUUUUGGAUGCACUAUUUACAUUCAGUAUGUACACAUGGAGAACACUUACAAGCUACGACUAUUAAAAUGUUCUGAAAGUUCUGAUCUGUUGUAAUUGGAGAGGAAUAUUCUUAGAAAAGACAUUAACCUUCAAGGACUCAAAUAACUUAAUGGAUAUGUUAUGUAUCCUUUUCUUGUGAUGGAAAAAUUGCUGGUUGCAACAUGUAACAAAUACUUUGUCUUGUAAUGUGUUCCACUUGGAGUGGAUGCUGAGAAAAGGAAGCCUCCAUCUUGCUAGCUUUUUAUACUGAAUUUGGCAGUAAUAGGUUGUGCUAGGUGGUCUUCACGUGCUGAGCAUGUAGACAUUUAGUAUAUGCACACUGGUUACCUCUUUCAGUCUUAAACUCAGUAGAACAGAGGUAAAGGGCUAAUUAUGGCUAAAAUAUAUUUAUUAGUCUAUUUAUAAGAAUUUACAUAAUUUCUUCUUGCUCCUGUUCCCAUCCUGACCCACUUUAUGUACAAAUUGAAACCAUUUCUUAAGAAAUACAAAGUUUAAGUUUGUUUUGCUUUUUCUUUUCCUUUGCAUAGAGAUAUUGGAAUUCUCUUGGAUAUUCCACAUUAGGAGUUUUGACUGGGUUUGCAAUUAGAUUUUAUUCCUUUCUUUUAGAUUAGCAGUAUUGUGCCUUAUAGUAAAACACUUAAGAAAUCUGAAGCAUCUGAGAGUAAAUAUAAACCCUGGCAUCUCCUAUUAUGACCUCUUAUUCAAAUAUUUAUAUACUGUAAGUGGUAUAAGGAAUUGCUAAACUGUUUUGUAAAGAAAUAUGUGUAUUUAAAACACUACUUAAAAGUGUUAAGUGAAUUGUUUAGGAUUUUAGCAUUGUCAUGUUAUAAAUAAUAUGCUACAUUCCUUAACUUUCUUUUGUAAAGCUGUUGCUACAGAUUGCUUAAAACAGUGUCUUUCACUAGACAUUUGUUUUAGAGUGCAUUUUGUUUUUAAAAUGUAUAUUUGGAAUGGUUUUAAGAAAAUAUGCAAUUCUUUUUCUAACUUAUAUUGAGCUUCAGUAGAAGCAAUAACUUUUUUUAAUUUUAAAAUGAAUGUUCCAGAAAUGACAGAGGGGGAAAUAUAAUCAGAACUUCUACUUUGUAGAGCAGAUGUUUCACCCUAAAUUUCCUUAAAAAAAAUUCCUGUUAAUGCCUACUUAAAAAAAAAAUAAAAAAUCUGCCUCUUCCCUGUAGGAGUAUAACUUUUAUGUUUACUGGAAAACUGUCAGGUUGUAGUUCUGAUGUCACCAGCAGGUGCAAGUUUUUGUGAUGCCUUUAUCUUACAAGAAGCACAUGAGAAUGGAAUAUGACUGACCGACCAUCUCCAAAACUGAACAAAUGAAUAAACGACCCGCAACUAAACCAGACAAUAUGUAGGGACACUUAUGUCUCCAAAAGAAGCUUAUCAACAUUUCCAGAACUGCCUUUUUAACUUGUCUCUUCAAUAUUAAAAAUUAAGUCUUCUCCCUCUUCUUUAACACAAAACUGAACAUUGAUGCAGUAAAUGUUGAGAGGGUUUAAACUCUAGCUCGAGGAAGAACCAAAAGAGAAGUUAUCAAGAGAAGUGUUGUCAGUCUGUGGAUUGUGUCUUGCUGAUACCUACAGCACAGUAUUCAUUCUGGAGAGGAGAAUUGUGGUGAUAAAUGAAGAUUUGAGAAUUGGAAUUGAUUAAACAUGCACAAAUCAAGCUGAAGGCUUUUGGUUUUGUUCAGUAUGGGUCCUGAUCUCUCCUCAGAUAUCCUGCUGUAUUGCAAAACUUGAUUUAAGAAAGUUUUUAAAAUAGAAUGCCUUUAUAAUUGCAUGUAUUUGUGUGAUGAGUGCAUUGCCUGGGACUGUCCAUUAUACUUCCACUGGACCUGAAGCUUCUUUUCACCAUCUUAAACAUGGUAAUGUUACUGCAUUUUUAAAUGAGCAUAUCCUUAAUUCAGAAGAGCAAAGUAAAUUUCCAUAAUUUUGUUAGUCUAAGGCUUAAGUCCAAAACUUUGAAGCCACUUCCGCUAUAAACAUAUACUUGGAGAGAACUAUUUGAAUUUGCUAGUCUGUCAAAAAUUAUUCACAAACAACUGUCUUUUAUUGUAACCUUGAACUAAUUCAGUUGCAUUGUUUGGAUUAAGCACUUGUGUCUUUUCCAUUGUGUAUGUACAGUUGUAAGAAUGUCAAGUUAUGCAUUGUUGUUGUAACUUAAUGAGUAAAAGUUCAAAUUCCAUAAUAAAUUAUAUGGACCUUUUAAAAAGCAACGUCUGAGAAGCUGGAGGGUUUUGUUUUCUUUGGUACACUUGGGAAGUGGAUCUGAGACACUCAGCACUAGCACAGCACAAAACAAGCUAACUUCAUGCUGGGUAGCUACAGGGGAGACCCUUUCAGCAUGUGGUGGUGUCCCCAUGUCAUCAAUACCUGGGUGGGCUGGGUUAACCUUAGCUGGCUGCUUAGUGAGGAGGGGGAAGAUCGAUGGAAGAACUUGUGGGUCAAGAUAAGAAAGUUACCAAUUCCCAUGACAGACACAAAAAGCCAUGACUGCACGAAGAUUACUUCGAAGUGGCAAUAAGUAAGUUUUAGAGUAGGGUGGUAGAGGAUUAAAAUAACCCAUCUCUAAGCUGACACUUCUCCCUUCCAUGGUGGUAGGAUAGGGAAGCAGGGGGUGUGCCUGUAACAGGUGCUCUCUGCUUUCCCUCCUCCAUCCUGACCUCCUUCCAAGGAGCUGCAGUUCUUUAAGAACUGCUUCAGUGUGGAUUAUCUCCAUCAGGUAUAGACCACUCCAGGGUUAUCCCUGAGCUACCACAAGCCUGGCUGAGGGGGCUCUGCUGUGCCAGCUUGUUGUGCAUGGGUCUGGAACAGGGCAGUCUUAGCCUCUUCUCACAAAGGACACCCUGCAUUUCCCCAGUACCAUAGGGUUCAAAUUAAUAUCUGACAUAAAUGAUAUAUGAUAAAAGCAUAAAUUUUUUUUGAUAAAUCCCUUAUCCUUGGAUUUGUCACAGAACUAUAAAAAUUACAUGUAUCAGUACAACUCAGAAAAAUAGUGAAGAUGCAUAACAGCUCAACGUAGUGUCACAGUAGCAGCCUUUGGGGGGGAGGCUUAAAUUGUUUUUAACUAAUUCUGUAAAUCAUAAAGUAGAUAACAAUGACUUUAACCAGUAGUAAUCAUAAUUAUAUUGGAGCCUGUUACUUCAUCAUAGUACUGCAACUUAUGUUCCAAUAUAUGUAUAUUUUUAAAGAGGGCUACUACAACACAGAAUAGAGUCAAAUUUAUCAAAUCAGCUUUAGUAGAUAGAAAACAUUAAAGUAUGAUUUUAAACCAGCUUUCAGUUGCCACAAAAAAUGCCUGAUAGCAAAUGUAUUUGGUUUGGAAGCAAUGUCUACAAUUAGAACAGACCUUAAGUAAGUGUUACUUUAGUUGACCUAAUACAUUUUAACUGGAAAGCUGCACUAGUCUAACCCCUAAUGACUACAGAACACUUCUUCCAGGACUUU